GACAUACUGGCCAUCAGCUGACCUCUUCCGUGCACAUUUUCUUAACCUCUGUUUCGAGUGGGCAUGGGAGCAUUGGUUGGACAGCGCCAGUAAUAUUUAGCACUGGUAUUUGAGGAGGACCUUGAAAUUUCUUUUGUAUUGAUCGUUCGUCUAGAGGCGAAAUCUCCAGUCAUGUCUGCGAUUGUUAGGAAGAUUAUCAACACCGCAAAGGCCCCAGCAGCAAUUGGCCCAUACAGCCAGGCGGUGCUGGUGGACCGUACUAUGUACAUAUCAGGGCAGCUGGGAAUGGACCCUUCUUCUGGGCAGCUGGUGGAUGGAGGCGUGCAGGCCCAAACCAAGCAGGCUCUUGUUAACAUGGGUGAAAUCCUGAAGGCUGCAGGCUGUGGCUAUGAAAAUGUUGUCAAAACCACCGUCCUUCUGGCCAACAUGAAUGACUUCAACAACGUCAAUGAUGUUUACAAGCAAUUUUUUAGCAGCAGAUUCCCAGCGAGAGCAGCCUACCAGGUUGCAGCCCUGCCUAGAGGUGGGCUGGUAGAGAUCGAAGCAGUCGCCGUGCUGGGGCCCAUCUCUGACGCCUCCUCCUGACUGACUUCCCGAAGCCAGCACAAACUGUAACUAAUAUCUGACACAUACACUGAAACUCCUAGUUGACAGACCUUGAAUUAGACACUAUAUGUAGCUCAGAACAGGUGUUUAAUCUUUAAUGUGUGUGCAGUAUCGUCUAUAGAGAUCAGGUAUGCUGUAGGGACUGGCUGUCAGUAUGUUCAGUUUCGCUUGUUUACUUGCUUAAUUAUCGUCAAACGUAAUUGUAGGCUCUCUAAUCCAGUUUAGAUCAAAGUGAUAGCAUUUUGCUCUGUGUACUGCCCUCAGUGAAAUGGUUUGUUACUGAGCGCUUCACAGAUCGCAUUCCGUGAAAACAAUUCAUGAGAUGACCAACAGGAACACUUUACAUAUGGUUAAGAUAUAAACUCUUCUGCUCCUGAGGGGACGAAGAAAGAAAACCUUCAUGCGAAUCUGUUUGGGAUCAAAGUGUGUUUCUGCUAGGCCGGAAGGCGGCCAUCUUGGCUAUGAUCUGAGCUCCAGACCCUGUCAGUUUGCAGUUUUCCCUCAUUAAAUCGUAAUGAGUAAUGUUUGCUUCCGCCUUCAGGCCAAUUACUGUGUGCUGUGUGUUCACCCAACUCAUGUUUCAGCCAGCUGCAUGGCCUGUUAUGCUUGAAAAGGUCCUGCAGGCAAUGUCUGCAUUGCGUUGCCAUGACCUCUCUGUUCUGACCAAUCACAACAGAACCAGGAAGUGCCUUUUCCGCCCCUCCACUUGCUGCAUUGUAAGAACAAAUAAAUCAUUACCUACUUCU